AUGAAUACCUCUGAACUGCAAGAAGACGAUGAGGAUCUUCCCAAAUGUGCAAAGCCUCCAGACUGUGCAGCUAAUAACAGGUCCCUGUCAGCACUACCAUUUGAAUCAGGCACCAAGGAAAUGGAGAUAAUUUCAUUUGAGUUUCAACAGCCUUGCAGUAGCAGUAACAAGGGAAAUCCAAUCUCCUCCCCCAGCAUAACAACCAGCACACCUUUUGCUUCUAGAAUUAAUGAAAGUGGUUACUUUAACGGCAGCAACAGAACUGAGAAGUCACCUAGCAGUGGGAACUUGGUCUACUUAACCCCAGGAGAAGAAUUUUCUAGGAGGUGUUAUUAUGAUCAUGGAGAUGAUAGUGGAAUAUCCCUAACACCUGACGUCUCCAAGUCAUUUCGAGCAUGCCAGUCGCUGCUUUGUAACAGUUUUCCUUCCCCAGUCCCAAGGUAUACAGAAAAAACUGGUAAGACACAAUCUGGAGAACAAACUGCUAUUCAACCACUGAAAAAUGAAAGGGACAUUGUGUCCCUCAAAUGCAUGUGGCAGAAGACAACAGAAAUUGAACAGUAUUCCUUUCAUCAAGACGUCAAGGUGUACGUUCCCAUAGGUGGGGCAAAAAUAAAAGAAGAAUGUGUGGACUUUAUACAUGAUCUUGCAAAAAGAAAUAUUCAUUGUGUAAUCUCUCAUAUAUUCAGGUUCUUAUCUGCUAGAGAGUUGUGUUCAGUUGCAUGUGUCAGCCAUGCAUGGAAUGAUGCCUGUCUUAAAGAUCCUGCUGCCAAUACAAGAAGAAACAAUUGGUUGCAACAUUUCAAAGAGAAGUUAGCAAGAAAGGGCAAGGAGAAUGUUAAAGGCAAGUCACCCAUUUCGUUAGUGGAACCUUAUGUUCGUAAAGGCCCACUGAGCAGCAUUCAAAAUACUGCAGCUUUUUCUCCUGCUUCAAACAGUGUGGAAGUCAAAUCAGAAGACUACUUCACAUUGUUUCAGAGGGAAGCAAAGAAGCUGAACUUGGGAGAAAGGUUGGCAAAGUGCCCCAAGUGUCGAUCCCCAUCUCGAGUCAAUAUCCAUCAAAAUAGGGCUUUCUGCACUCGACCAUUAUGUGCCUUUGAUUUUUGUCCCCUUUGUCGAUUUGCAUUUCACGACUCUAACCCUUGUCCAACUUCUAACUGCUCUAGGAUAUCAAAAAAGGACAUAAUUGGAAGUAAAAAGAGUAAAAAUAACUUGAAGCGUCUAUGA